CUUCGGCUGGACAUGCCUCGUUCCGAGAAGGCCAACCCGAUUGGUUAGCUAAUUUUGGAUUACGUGAUCUUCACUGAGGGCGAUUUGCGAUUUGCAUACAUGGUACACCCUCGCGUCAUUUGGGGUCAGAGAGCCAACGAUAAUGGACCUGUGUUCACGUACAUUACACCACAUUGUAUGGCUAACAUUUCAUGGCUGUUUGUGACAGAGCGAUCCGGCGAAGAGGGCCCAGCGGCUAACAAAGCGUGAAGGCCACGAAGCUGUGUAAAUGGCUGUUUGCCAAUAGGGGAGUGCAGGGGGAGAUGGCGGAGUGCGGGAGUGAUGCUUCUACGGAGGAAACUACACUGCAAGCAUCACAUAAACACGCCACGAACGGACACUCCCGCGGAAGUAACGGUGUCACUGAUAGAGAGACAUUUUCGGAGAAGGAGAAGAACAUGGGAGGAGAGGACGAGAGGAAGACAAUCGUGCAGGAUAUUCCUUUGGAUUUUUCUGUGAAAAGGAAAAGUGUUGAGUUUAUCUCAGAAAGUCUGACAGACGAUUCUCAAGUGUCGUCAGUGAGCCCACCUGCCAGUCAUGGAUCACAUGAAUCGGGCCCAGAACAUAAAUCCAACGAAACUACCUCCAAUGGUUCCUGUCGGUCGUCAGACUUUGAUCCCCGGGGGUCUUUAAGACUGUCCCCCAACUCCCUACCCAUGGGCCUUGUCCCUGGGAUGGGAUCAGGCAUGAUGCCUAAUGGGCAUUUGCCAAAUAUGCCUGGCUUUAUGGACCAGAGACUAUUGCAAGGGAAUAAGAAUUCUCGUCCAUUCAAGAACUACCCCAAAGAGGCGUUGUCGAUGCCCCUGGGGUAUUACGGGGUGGCAGGGAUGCCAAUGCCGCAGACAGACGGACAGGCAUUACAGGGACUCAAUUUGAGUUCGGAUGAAAUUAUGAACAUAUAUCAACAACAACUCCAGGUGCUUCGGGAACGAGAUAAACAACUUUUAACCAUGGCAAAACAACACAUGCGUGUAGAACCAACGAGCCCGACACGUAUGGGUGCCAGCAGCAGCGGCAGCAGCAACAACGGAACAACGACAUCGCCGCCUCUGCCAAACUGUGUGUCCCCUAAACCCCGUCUCCCCCCUCCUUCAAGCCGCCCAAGCCCUAUGGUCUCGAGUACAUCUGCCCUCACAGCGGCAGGGCGCAAGCGGCCAAGGUCCUUACCAGAUGAGCAAAAGGAUUCCGCAUACUGGGAAAGAAGAAGAAAAAACAAUGAUGCUGCGAAAAGGUCUCGAGAUGCACGGCGAGCAAAAGAAGACGAAAUUGCAAUCCGCGCUGCGCUCCUGGAGCAAGAAAACCUCAAACUCCGAGUGGAGGUGGCAGCGCUGAAAACAGAGACUGCCCGACUUCGGUGUAUGUUGUAUAACAGUUAGUGGAUUCCUUGACCACUGGUCAUCAGCCUAUCUACCUCAGCAAUGGACACAGGUUCGUCAGUCUACUACCUCAAUCCUUGUCUCGCUUUGUAUCCUACGUCUUGCAGGGGGUUUCAUAGAUAUGUUGUUUGCCAAUUUUAUGCAAAUGUCUUACGUGUUUAUUAGUCAUCGCUGUGUGUUUACGCAACUCCUCCCCUGCGAGCAUGGGACCUUGCUAGGGGUGUGCUCGGGUCGUGUUUACAGCAGCCAUCUAUCCAUUCAUACCCUGCUGUACGAGCCGCUGAGCACUACCGGUCACGUGACCUCUCAGCUGUUCAUUCAUCUGUAUAUGCUUCAAGACUCGACAUGCCCUCUCCUGAGGUAGGUUCAUCGACGGGUUGGAACACCCACUACUGAACGGGACAUGCCACUAAACUGCCGGACGUAUCGGCACGUUGUUGUUACCCAUGUACAUAUAAUGCAUAACUACAUACAAUUCUCAGGGACUGGUAAACUGCUCCGUGUUAAAGUCCCCAGCUGUCGUACCCACACUAAAAACCACGCCCAGCUAUUAUCCCCAGCCCUCAGUGCAGUUCGUAAGAGCCAGUGCGGUUCAUAUAAUCUUGUUUUUCUUGACUCAGGAUUGAGUCACAAUGAAUAAGAAAUAGGGCGCAACACGCAACACAAAACCUCAACCCAUCCCUCCUUCUCCCCCAUUCAUCCGACAGGUUCAUUUGGUUCGGUGAAUUAUCUUCCUCGGGUGCAUCCGAGUGCAACCAGAACGCUUAAAAUGUUAAUAAGUUCGGCUUGAUAGAUCCAUGAUUCUUGAAGCCAGGUAAUCUAAUCGACAGGUGUAGCAGAGGAAAUCGACUUUAGCUAGCUAUUGCCAUUGAUUUUGUAAUUUGAUGUCUUUGCUUAACACGGACCUAUUGUUCCUUCCCAUUUGUUAUGCACGUAGAUGUUCAUCGUCAAUCAUUAACUAUGCCAUAUUACUUACUACGAGUGUAUUGUCAUGUCCUAUUUGUCCAUGCGCCCUUUUAAAGUUUGUCUUCUCAGUGUCAAAGUUGUUUUCGCAUUUUAUACCAGAUCAAGUGCUCCACAACUAAUGAGUGUUGCGAAAAUUUAAUUAGUGCUCGAAGAUCUCAGUUUCGGUUCUCGUGAAAUUGAAUUCAAUCUCACUUUGGAAGUGCUAUUUUUCCCGAAAGGAGAACUGUAAAUUUGAUAAGCUUCAUAUUAAGUGCUAAGUAUUUUUUUUACGUGUCCAUUUUUGCUAUGUGUAUUGAGUGCUGUUGAAUCUAUUAGUGCUAAUCAAUGGUGUGCUUUGAUGGCGUGUCCAAUCGAAGAAAUACAAAACAUUUUCCCACAAGGUCGUGCACCAUAUAAACAGCUGGCUGUUGCACACGUGGUAAAGUGCUACGAAAUUAGGUGAUUUCUAGUACCCCAUCGUGAGAUGUUUAGUGUGUUGCAAGACCUUGCCCCCUCUCCUAGCGGUGGCCUUAUCUGCCUCUUCUGUCCCCUACUAUGUGACAAAUCAGGAGUUUUUAACACGGAACAGUUUAUCAAGGUUUUGCAUUGCGGUUGUCAUGAGUGCGAAAUGUUAGUAUGUUUGUAGGUGAAUUAGUAUGUUGGCUGGCGACCAGUGAUUCAUUUGUUCACAUAGACCUUGUUGGCUGUUGUACGCAAUCAAGCGAACAGCCAUGAUUAUUGACGAUACGGGUGUGUUUUAUUACGAUGUUCCCAGUGCUCAACCACGGAAGCAGAACGGCACCUUGCCCACUUCCAAGUUCCAAUCCAAUAUUCAUAAUUGUACACAAUUCACGGUCUCAUGAAGGAAGUGUUUUUAACUCAGGGUUUUUAUCCGAAAUAUACAACGUUGGAUAAAUUCGGAUAGAUACUGGUAUAUUUGUGUGGAUACGAAUAGAUUGUGUUAGACGCAACCCAAUACCCUGUUUUCAGAUCUGAACUGAGUGGUACUGUCAGGUCAAUCAAAAUACUUGUGUUUUACGUAACACGUGAUUAAUAGAUUUUUGUUCAUAGAUCGGUUUCGAUGAGUGCUCUUGACGACCAGCUUCAGAUGUGAUAAUAUUUUCAGAGUCGCAAGAUAACACGAGUUGAUUUGGUUACUCGAAACACAAGUAUUUUGGGGCCUUCGAUUAUAUAGAUAUUGAACCUUCACUCUAGAGUAACUCUGUUGUAUUUAUCGUAGAUUUUGCUGUGUAGGUCGUUAAGGUAGCUCUCUUUGUUCACGUUUGUGUUUUUAUAAGUGUACUGUAGUUAUCUGAACGAGCGUGUGUGUAAGUACAUCAAUAUGUAUGAUUGUUUCUUCCUCUGUUCCACUGUAAUAUAUCAUAAACUGACGACUUGUGCUUGUUUUGUAGACCCUUCAUAAUCGUUGCCACACACGAAAUCACCAAGGGUUGUGACGAACGGUAUUACGGGUAAAUGAAUGCAUUUUAUUCCAAAACGUCAUAUUAAUUCAUUUUAAGCCAUACUCACACAACACGGUGAAUGUGCUCAAACACUACGCCAACACAAGAUUACUUCCAACGCUUUCUAAAGUAGGCCUGGUUACUAAGUUUUAAUAAUCGAAAACAGCUGCACAUGUCAACAGGUGAAAAUCAUAUCAGAGAACUGUAAUGCAUAACUGAUUAAUGGUCUUCAACCUGGAAAUGCGAGGUAACUCGUUAUUCCUUCUGGUCAUCAUAAAAAUCGUUAUUCUGAAACACUGAAGAUAAACUUCAUCAUUAGGGAACAUGCCCUGGGGGUGGUCAUUAUGACGAUCCCUUCAUAGCGAUUGUAACAGUGAUUGACCUCCGGGAUGAUACACUGCAUUUAUCUCUGGAUUGGUUUGAAACAUAACAAACAUUCUAUUUCGGGGGCGCUCGGUUCGCUUUGGCACUUGUUUUCAACGUCAUACCAGAUUACCGUAUAUGGUAUUUAACUGUGCCGUACAAUCGGCAACAUGCUCCACAGUAAGCACCAAAAAUUAUUCGAGAGAUUACAUCUUUGUAUUUUUUUCACAUACUAUUCCUUUAGUAAUCAAUCUGUUGACAAAUCAUCUUUCUCCAGCCAAGGCCUGUUACUAUGACAAUUGUCCUCUCAGCAGUUCAUACUGUUAAGCAUGUGCGUUCGUAUUGAACAAAUCCCCUUCAAAUAUUUUCUGAAAUGGAGAUGCUAUUUUGUAUACAAUUUGAUUACCGAUUUACCAGCAUUCAUGAGACCAACCACACCAAGGGGCCUGCGCUAGUUACUGUGUGUUUGUGUCGUUGUAGUACUGUUUCAUUGUAAUAGCUAUUUUAUUUGUGUCACUGCCAAUUUGGGCAUUUGCCUUUGUUAAUCAGUGUAGUAGCAGUGGUCGGCUCUGCAGUUGUAAUAAGUUGUCUAACUGACAGCUUCUUUCGUACACACUAUCUACCUCACGACUACACCCAUGGGCAGCUGGUGUUGGGGGCUUUCAAAGUAAUAUUGUUAUUCCACCUGCUGUCCAUGGGAAUGUUUCACAGUCCCAAUGUCUGCUCGCUCUCCUCAUUUUGUUCUCAGGGAAUUACAUCAUAUGUAGUGUUGCUAUGUACAUUAUCAUUGUGUGUAUCCACUCGCACCAAGGGCGUGAGAAUUAUACACCACUGUGUUUAUCCUGUACUCAUUGAAUGUAUGUAUAUUGCACUGUCACUUUGAAUUUGAAGGUUACUACUUGUUUUGUACAUUUUCUAAAAAAUAUUCAUGUUUCAAGUUAUUGUCCUUACUGUUAUGGAUUCACCGAUGACAUACAUCAUGCUGGUUUGGUUUUUCAACUUUAUUGCUCUAGAAACCAUUUCCUUCGUUACCGUGGAAACCAGCUCAGCUACGCGUCUGCACGUUGUCGUGCCCUUGUUUUGUAAUUUCAAUCUACGACACUUAAUAUCCAUCACUGACGCAAACGAGUCCACAAAUAUCUUUUUGAAAUGAAUUUGGCUGAAAGCAUUCCAAGUUAAAUGUGGCAUAGAAAAUAGAUAUCAAGACUUUCACCGACCCAUGAAGGGAUGUAUUGUGAUUGAAGCUUGAUAACUUGUCGUUAAGAAACUAGUCUCGUAAACAACUAAGUAACGAAGUUUCAAAGCAUAGUCGUCAUAUGAUAGGUGACCGUCAACUAAAUAUGCUCAAUACAUCUCCGUCGUCAUAUGAUAGGUGACGUGAACUAAAUAUUCCCUUUACAUCUCCAUCUUUUGAAUAAUAUAUACGUGAAAUAUUUUUCGUCCCCAUCCUUUGCGCAUGAAAUCGAUCUAUCUUAUUGAUGCAUGUGGUUCGUUAACAAAACGCAUAAUUCGACUUGGAAUUUUAAAGUACUAUGGCUUUGUGUUGACUGUUCGGUCGGAUACUUGUGAAAGGUCAUAGAAAGUUCAUGUUAAGGAUUCAUGCAGCAGUUCUGAAAUGCAAGAUAACUGAACACAUGUGUUGAGAAAAUCAAUGCCAGCAGGUGCGAUAUCCAACACAUGGCGUGUUUUGCGGUCGUGGAUGUUAAGUGUUGCAGAAUUGGUUUAAUAUUAUGUGUCAAGAGUUCAUUUUAAAAUAGUGAACAUAAAAACUUGAGUGUUUAAAACCUCGAUGUUAAACAGCAUAUGUAUGUACAUAUGAAGUUCAAU